AUGCUUGGCUUCAUCUUUGGUCUCGUCUUCGCUGCUGUGCCAUCAGCGCUGAGCCAGUUCUCCAACCCAAAGUCCGGGGAGAUAUUCACAGUCGGAGGUCAGAUAAGCGUCACCUACAAUACUAGCCUCGAGGCGUACAACAUUGCCCUGUGGCAGAAAGUUCCCGAUGGUGGUGCCGCUAUAUUGGGGCCAGUCAUCUCGAACGUAACCGAUGGUCCGGCAUCUAUUUUCGCCUGGACAAUCGAUGUGGGUACCUUGGACUUGACCUAUUCCAAGCGCUUUUUCCUUUGGCUGUUUCCAAAUGCCUAUGCCCAGGGAAACCAAUCCGCCCCGGAUAAGAUAAGUUCUGGCUACUUUACAAUCAUCGACAAAACCCCAGGUCCAACAAGGACCUCGUCAAGCUCGACAACAUCAUCCACCACAACCACGUCAUCCUCCUCAAGCACAGGUUCCACGACGGGUACUACUACUUCUAGUCCAGACUCUCAACAACCCAAGACGUCUGACGAAGGCCUAUCUACGGGGGCUAAAGCAGGCAUAGGAAUUGGAGUCGGAGUCGGCGCGCUGGUCAUGAUUGCCUUGGGUGCCAUGUUCCUGCGAUACAGAUCAAAGAAGGACGCCGAGAUCCGAGAAUUGCGGCACGAAAUGCAGAACAAAAGCAUUCUCCGCGCAAUCUCACGCAUAUCGGCCUGCGGAACUCAUGCAUCAAUCAGCUCCUGUUGA